AUGCCGGUGUUUCACACGAAGACGAUAGAAAGUAUCCUGGAGCCGGUGGCUCAGCAGAUCUCCCAUCUGGUGAUCAUGCAUGAGGAGGGCGAGGUGGACGGCAAGGCGAUCCCAGACUUGACGGCACCGGUGGCAGCCGUGCAGGCGGCGGUGAGCAACCUCGUCCGGGUCGGGAAGGAGACCGUCCAAACCACCGACGACCAGAUCAUGAAAAGGGACAUGGCGCCGGCGUUUAUCAAAGUGGAGAAUGCUUGCACCAAGCUGGUCAAGGCGGCCUCCAUGCUGAAAGCCGACCCGUACUCGGUUCCCGCUCGCGACUACCUCAUCGACGGCUCUCGGGGGAUCCUCUCCGGGACCUCGGACCUGCUCCUCACCUUUGACGAGGCCGAGGUGCGCAAAAUCAUCCGAGUAUGCAACGGCAUCUUGGAGUACCUGAAAGUCUCGGAGGUGGUGGAGUCCAUGGGUGACCUGAUCACCUACACCAAGAACCUGGGACCAGGAAUGACCAAGAUGGCCAAGAUGAUCGACGAGCGGCAACAGGAGCUGACUCACCAGGAGCACCGCGUCAUGCUGGUUAACUCCAUGAACACGGUCAAGGAGCUGCUGCCCAUCCUCAUCUCAGGUAUCAAAAUCUUCGUGACCACCAAGACGUCGGGCAGCCAAGGCGUGGAGGAGGCCCUGAAGAACCGCAACUUCACUUUUGAGAAGAUGAGCGGCGAGAUUGUGGAGAUCAUCCGAGUGCUGCAGCUCACGUCCUGGGACGAGGACGCCUGGGCCAACAAGAAGGACACGGAGGCCAUGAAACGAGCUCUGGGGCUCAUCGACUCCAAGAUGGCUCAGGCCAAGAACUGGUUGCGAGAUCCCAACGCCCCAGCAGGGGACGCAGGCGAGCAGGCCGUCCGCCAGAUCCUGGACGAAGCCGGGAAAAUCGGCGAGCUGUGCGCGGGGCGCGAGCGCAGGGAUAUCCUGGCGACUGCCAAGACUCUGGGCCAGAUGACGGACCAGGUGUCGGAGAUGAGGGCCAGAGGUCACGGCGCUUCUCCGGCCGCCAUGCAGAAGGCCCAGCAGGUGUCCCAAGGCUUGGACGUCCUGACCGGCAAGGUGAAAAACGCCGCUCGCAAGCUGGAGGACAUGACCAACUCCAAGCAGGCCAUCGCCAAGAGAAUGGACGCCGCCCAGAGCUGGCUGGCCGACCCCAACGGUGCUCCGGAGGGGGAGGACAACAUCAAGGCUCUCCUCAUGGAGGCUAAGAAGAUCGCCGACAUGUGCGAGGAGCCCAAAGAACGGGACGACAUCCUGCGUUCCAUCGGCGAGAUCGUCGGCAUGACCGCCAAGUUGUCGGAUCUCCGGAGACAGGGGAAAGGCGACACCCCCGAAGCCAGAACCUUGGCCAAACAGAUCGCUACGGCCCUGCAGAACCUGCAGUCCAAGACCAACAAAGCCGUGGCCAACAGCAGGCCCGCCAAGGCCGACGUCCACCUGGAAGGAAAGAUCGAGCAGGCUCAGCGCUGGAUCGACAACCCCGGCGUGGACGACAGCGGCGUGGGCCAGGCGGCCAUCCGCGGGCUGGUGGCGGAGGGCCGCAGGCUGGCCAACGCCCUGCAGGGCCCCUACAGACAGGAGCUGCUGGGCAAAUGCGAGCAGGUGGAGCAGCUCAUGGCCCAGUUGGCCGACCUGGCGGCCCGCGGCGAGGGCGACUCCCCGCAGGCGCGCGCCAUCGCGCACCAGCUCCAGGAAGCCCUCAAAGACCUGAAAGGGAAAAUGCAGGCGGCUAUGACUCAGGAAGUUUCCGACAUCUUCAGCGACACCACCACGCCCAUCAAGUUACUGGCCGUGGCCGCCACCGCACCUCUGGACGCGCCCAACAGGGAUGAGGUGUUCGACGAGCGGGCCGCCAACUUCGAGAACCACGCCAACAGGCUGGGCGCCACGGCGGAGAAGGCGGCCGCCGUGGGCACGGCCAACAAGAGCACGGUGGAGGGCAUCCAGGUGGCCGUCAGGUCCACCCGAGACUUAACGCCGCAGGUGGUUUCCGCUGCCCGGAUCCUGCUGAGAAACCCCGGCAACCAGGCUGCCUUCGAACAUUUCGAGACCAUGAAGAAUCAGUGGAUCGAUAAUGUCGAGAAGAUGACUGGUCUUGUGGACGAGGCCAUCGACACCAAGUCCCUGUUGGACGCCUCGGAGGAGGCCAUCAAGAAGGACCUGGACAAGUGCCGCGUGGCCAUGGACAUGCAGCAGCCACAGAUGCUGGUGGCCGGCGCCACCAGCAUCGCCCGUCGGGCCAACCGCAUCCUCCUGGUGGCCAAGCGGGAGGUGGAGAACUCGGAGGACCCCAAAUUCCGCGAGGCGGUCAAGGCGGCGUCCGACCAGCUCAGUCAGACCAUCUCGCCCAUGGUGAUGGACGCCAAAGCCGUCGCCGGGAACAUCCAGGAUCCCAAUCUUCGCAAGGGCUUCCUGGACUCGGGCUACAAGAUUCUCGAUGCCGUAGCAAAGGUCAGGGAGGCGUUCCAACCACAGGAGCCCGACUUCCCGCCGCCGCCUCCUGAUUUGGAUCAACUCAACCUUAACGACGAGCCGGCUCCGCCCAAACCCCCUCUUCCCGAAGGCGAGGUUCCUCCGCCUAGACCGCCGCCGCCGGAGGAGAAGGACGAGGAGUUCCCCGAGCAGAUGGCCGGCGACAUGGUCAACGAGCCCAUGAUGGUGGCCGCCAGGCAGCUCCACGACGAGGCCCGCAAGUGGUCCAGCAAGGUACGCUCAGAAACGCGGACCACUCGAGGACAAGUGCCGCCAUUUACGACUGCUCUUAAACAGGGCAACGACAUCAUCGGUGCGGCCAAGCGCAUGGCCCUGCUCAUGGCGGAGAUGUCACGCCUGGUGCGCGGCAGCACCGGCAACAAGCGCGCCCUCAUCCAGUGCGCCAAGGACAUCGCCAAGGCGUCCGACGAAGUCACGCGGCUCGCCAAGGAGGUGGCCAAGCAGUGCACGGACAAGCGUAUCCGUACCAACCUGCUCCAGGUGUGCGAACGCAUUCCCACCAUCAGCACCCAACUCAAGAUCCUGUCCACCGUCAAGGCCACCAUGUUGGGUCGCACCAAUAUCAGCGAGGAGGAGUCGGAACAGGCCACCGAGAUGCUGGUCCACAACGCUCAGAACCUGAUGCAGUCCGUCAAGGAGACGGUGCGGGAGGCCGAGGCAGCGUCCAUCAAAAUCCGCACCGACGCCGGCUUCACCCUGCACUGGAUCCGCAAGACGCCUUGGUACCAGUAAAAAGACGGCAGGACCCAGGACCGCACUCGGUGGGCACAAAAAGCCUCGCCCGGGCUUCCGUUCUGACGUCCAACGUGUGUACAAAUGUGUUGACAAAUCCCGGGAAUAUACAGUAUGUAUUUGGAUUAGACCUUGGAUUUCUUACAACAUAUAUGUCGUCGCUGUACUGAUCGUUGCGUCUCACCUCCGCAAUAUACUCAACGGGGAUAUUUGCAGUCCGCCAUUGCUGGAUUUGCAGUAUUUGUUUUUCACAAGGGACUAGGUUGAAGUGAGUAGAGGAGCUACUUUUAGACUAAAGUUCUGUUUUGUUGCCUUCAUGCUGCACCUUUAGGCAAUCCUAAACUUUUUUUGGGGGGGGGGGGGCGUCAAUUAUUUGCGGCUUUUUGCCGACACAGCUUGUGUUAGUGUUUUCCAAGGCACAUUUAGUAUUUUACGUUAGAAAAAUAGAACUACACAUUUUAUAUUCCAACACCAAAUUGUGUAUCUGCUAAAGCCUGCUAGCUUAAUGCUAACACCAUAGCUGGACUAAGAGAAAAUAGAGUUGAUGUUUUGGACCAAUUAAGGGGAAUUGAAUCAUUGGGAAUCGUUGGUUUACACUACUCGCUGUAGAAUCACAAGCAUACAAAAGAAACAUUCUUUUGUUUUUUUUAUGUUGGUUUUAUGUUUUUCACAAUUUUUCUGCCAAAGACUGUUCAUCAGACACUUCACUAUGUGUAGAGAUUAAAAUGCUGUAGAAAUUUAGACAAAAACUAUCCCGAAUAACACCACGCAGUCGUAUGUACAAUCAUGGUCAAGAACAAAUAGCAUCAUUUUGGUCAGGAUGGACGCCAACGAGAAAAAAAAGCACAGUGUCACCAUACGUAACGAUAAAUAAACACACAAAAACAGACCGCCGACGUGCCUUUGGGUCAGACUUUGCAAUUGACACGGUAUUUGCACAAAAAAAGAAGCGUGUAAAGCCACACUUGCCUUGCUAUGCAAAUACCUGACUGAGUUGUGUGUGGAUCAUGUUAAGUGUACUCCAUUGGCCACAAUCACAAGCCUCUCCAUCGUUCACCAUUCUUUGCCUUUUUUUUUUUUUUUUUUGUAAUAAAGCAUUUUAUAGCACCUGA